GAGGGCGCGCGGGAAACUCCGGCGCACCGGGACGACGCCGGGGUGUUACUGGGACCAUGGCUACCUCCUCGGUGUCCAAGGGCUGUUUUGUGUUUAAACCAAGCUUCAAGAAGAGAAAGAUCUCUGUACCAAUAGCUUGGCUUUCUCUGCAUGUUGCUCAACUACAGGAAGAAUUAAAUAAAAACCUGUUUGACAGUCUAAUUGAAUUUCUUCGAAAGUCUCAUUCUGGAUUCCACAAAUCAAGUGACUGGGGCUGCCAAAUAAAACUCAGAGAAAUUCCAACUGCUGCCCUCAUUCUUGGUGUGAAUGUCACAGAUCACGAUUUAAUAUUCAGAAGUCUAACAGAAGCCAUUCAGAGUAAUGUUACUCACUAUGUAGUCUCGUUGAAAGCUAAAGAUUGUCCAGAUAUAAAACAUUUUUUGCAAAAGUUUGUUACACAAUUGACAGACUGCCGUGGAGAUGUAAAAUCCAAAGAGGAAGAAAGUGUUCAGGUCACACAGAAGAAGACACAUUGUUCAAUGGACUUACUUACCACUUGGUAUAAGACUAUCACAAAGAAGACAGGCCCCAAAAUGCCAAGCAAAAAGAGGAUUACUUCUAGCCAAUGGCAUUGUCCUCCUGUUGUGCUUAUCUUAAAGGAUAUGGAAAGCUUCUCCACAAAAGUACUCCAAGACUUCAUCAUUAUCAGCAGUCAACAUCUGCAUGAAUUUCCACUAAUACUUAUUUUUGGAAUUGCCACAUCUCCUAUUAUCAUCCACCGAUUGCUUCCUCAUGCAGUGUCAUCUUUAUUGUGUAUAGAGCUGUUCCAGUCUUUGUCUUGCAAGGAGCAUCUGACUACCAUACUUGAUAAGCUCCUUCUUACAACUCAGUUUCCUUUUAAAAUAAGUGAAAAAGUGUUACAGGUUCUGACCAACAUCUUUUUGUAUCAUGAUUUCUCAAUUCAAAAUUUUAUAAAAGGACUUCAGCUUUCUCUAUUAGAGCAUUUUUAUUCCCAGCCCCUAAGUGUUCUGUGCUGCAGUCUCCCUGAAGCCAAGAAAAGAAUAAAUUUUUUAUCAGUUAAUCAAUGUGAAGACAUUCGACGUCUUCCAUCAUUUAGGAGGUAUGUGGAAAAGCAAGCUUCAGAAAAGCAAGUUGCACUUUUGACCAGUGAGAGAAUUUUGAAGGUGGAAACUCAAUCAUUACUAGAAAAUUUGCAUGUUUACCAUUUGAAUUACUUUCUGGUUCUGAGAUGCCUUCAUAAUUUUACCUCUUCUCUUCCCAAGUAUCCACUGGGUCGACAGAUCAGAGAGUUGUACUGUGCGUGUUUAGAAAAGAACAUAUGGGAUUCAGAAGAGUAUGGAUCUGCCUUGCAGUUGCUGAGAAUGUUGGCAAAGGAUGAACUGAUGAACAUACUAAAGAAAUGUUACAAGGUUUUUAAUUCUUCUGAAAAGCAGCUUGGCAGCACAGUAAAGAAAAUAGAAGAAUUCCUGGCUGAGUUUCAGAACCUUGAUGAUGCCAAAGAGGAAGAAGAUGCUUCUGGGUCACAGUCAAAGGGGUUUCAGAAGACAGACCUCUAUCAUCUUCAGAAGUCCUUAUUGGAAAUGAAAGAAUUAAGAAGAACAAGUAAGAAGCAAACCAAGUUUGAAAUACUCAGAGAAAAAGUUGUGAACUUCAUUGACUGUCUGGUGAGAGAAUACCUUCUGCCUCCUGAGACCCAGCCUCUCCACGAGGUGGUGUACUUCAGCGCAGCCCACACCCUUCGGGAGCAUCUGAAUGCCUCUCCCAGAAUCGCCCUCCACACAGCACUCAACAACCCCUACUACUAUCUAAAGAAUGAAGCCCUAAAGAGUGAAGAAGGCUGCAUUCCAAAUACCGCCCCUGACAUCUGCAUAGCAUACAAACUGCACCUGGAGUGUAGCAGGCUAAUCAACCUUGUGGACUGGUCAGAGGCUUUUGCAACAGUUGUGACAGCUGCUGAGCAAAUGGAUGGGAAUGCUACCACCUCAGAAGAAAGAAACGAAAUUAUCCAUGCUCGGUUUAUUAGAGCUGUUUCUGAACUAGAACUUUUAGGCUUCAUCAGACCUACAAAACAAAAGACUGACCAUGUGGCAAGGCUAACAUGGGGCGGCUGCUAAGGAACGAUGAGUGACCCAAGUAUCCCAUUUAACUUAAGGGCAAAGGGAGGCCAUUCAUAUAAGUCACCAAAGGAGACUCCUGGUGAGGAGAGACAUGUGUGACCACCACAAUGUGCACUGCUAACCCCAAACAGAUGGUUAUUACAACAUCUUUGAUGUACUUUAGAAUACAACAAAUAGCAUACUUAAAAUAUAACUAAAACUUUCGUUCUUGUACUUUUCACAGUCUUUAAUAAGUUAUGGGUGGGUCAGUCUUGACAGUACAGUGUAAAUUAAUAAAUAUAUUGAACCAGGAAUCUA